CAAUUAUGAUGACAGUUUGUCACAAUGAACGUCAAUUUUGACGUUAUCAUGUGUUACACUUUUAAAAAACUAGUGAAAUCUUAUGAAGUACAUUUUUAUAUUAUCACAUGGAAGUUUUAAUAAUUUUUGUUAAUAAAAAUAAAAAUAUGAGUAAACCUAUGGAUGUGAGAGAUAAUUUUGAAAGUGCUUCCAUCAAGGAGGGUUAUUUACUCAAACAGACGUGGUCGUUCCAAAGAUGGAGAAGGCGCUAUUUUAAACUAAAGGGACGCAAAUUAUAUUAUGCCAAAGAUACCAAGGCUGUGAUUUUCGAUGAAAUCGAACUCACCGACCUGUGCCUAGCCGAGUGUUCAACAAAAAACGUCAAUCACAGUUUUCAGGUGAUAACUCCUUUCCGAUCAUUGGUGCUUUGCUGUGAAUCAAGAAGAGAGAUGGAAGAGUGGCUUGGCGCACUCACUGCCGCUUCCCAGCGCCGAUAUCAUGAACCGGAGCAACCGGAUUGUCUUUCUGGUCAACAUCAUUGGUAUGCAACGUCGCAUGCUAGGCCGACUUACUGCAACGUAUGUCGAGAGGCCCUCAGCGGGGUCACUAGUCACGGCCUUUCGUGCGAAGUGUGCAAGAGCAAGGUGCAUAAAAGAUGUGCUGCUAAGGCUAUCAACAACUGUAAGUGGACCACAUUGGCAUCCGUAGGAAAAGACAUUGUGGAGAACCAAGAUGGAUCAAUAAUGAUGCCUCACCAGUGGAUGGAAGGAAACCUACCUGUUUCGGCAAAAUGUGCUGCUUGUGAUAAAAAUUGUGGUUCUGUUCUAAGGUUACAAGACUGGCGAUGUCUGUGGUGUAGGGCGACGGUACAUACCCAAUGCAGGCCCCACAUCCAGACGCGGUGUCCCCUAGGCCCCGCUAGAGUGAGUGUCGUACCGCCUACGGCUCUUCACUCCAUCCAAGACGAAGCCUGGGAUGCGGUACGACCGCAAGCUUCAUCUCCCCUUUUAGUAUUCGUUAAUUCUAAGUCAGGUGAUAACCAGGGCGUGAAAUUUCUUAGAAAAUUUAAGCAACUCCUGAACCCCGCACAAGUUUUUGAUCUCAUCUCUACAGGUCCCCGUUUGGGCCUAAAACUUUUUAGACACUUCGAUCCAUUCCGAAUUUUAGUUUGUAGCGGAGACGGCUCUGUCGGCUGGGUCCUUUCCGAAAUCGAUAAGUUAGAUAUGCAUAAACAGUGCCAAGUAGCAGUAUUACCUUUGGGAACCGGUAACGAUUUAGCAAGAGUUUUGGGCUGGGGAUCUUCCUGUGAUGACGAUACCCAUUUACCCCAGCUAUUGGAGAAAUAUGAGAGAGCCAGCACCAAGAUGUUAGACAGAUGGAGCAUUAUGGCUUUUGAACGGACGAUCGCCAUGCCUAAAUUAUCGCUUACCCCUGGUAUACACGACGGUCAAUUACACAGCCAAAUAUGCCAAUACGAAGAUUCGCUGGUCACCCACCUGCAAAACAUUCUCCAAUCCGACGAGACUUCCGUUAUUUUAAAUUCCGCCAAACGUCUCUGUGAAACCGUCAAAGAUUUUGCUUCGCAGCUGAUGGAGAGUUCACUAACGCAAGGAGACGAUCAGUUGGCCAAAAAGUGUGAUAUUUUACAACAAAAAUUAGAAUUACUGUUAAAAACGUUGACUAGCGAACAGAUAGAUGCAACGACGAUAACUCAUCAACAAUCAUUCGAAGAAUCGACUGGAACCGGAACGAGUAGAAAUACCGAAGAUACUGACAGUGAAAUAUCUUUCGAUAAAAUGAAGUCGGACAAAGUAGAAAAGGAUCUCAGUAAUUUUAAUUUUAGAAAACACAGAAGGACUUCAAGAUUUAUGGAACGUGAAAAAGACGCUCUGAUCCACAGAGCGAACAGCCUGAAGAGGGCGAUUCGAAACCUAGUCGAACACACCGAACAAGUAGUCGACGAGCAAAAUAGACAAUCAUCGGUAGCAAUACCCGCCGUUAAGAUAUCUCUAAGCAGCGAUUUAGAUAAAGUAGAUUCACCGGGGCCGACCACGAAGAGGGAUUCCCUGAGACCAAUGCCCACGAUAGAGUCCGGAGGUAGCACUGACGUUAGUUCUUGUCCAUCGCCAACGAGUUCAAUUAUAACGACGAGAUUAGCAAAUAUAUCCCCGAUGCCUGAUGUUAGACGAGAUUCAACGUUUGGUAAUGAAGAAACCGAUUUAGUUCCGUUGCCGGUACCAGAAGGUUUUGCUGACAGUCGGAGGGCUAGUCAGGUCCAUCAACAGCAGAGCUCGGAAGGCUCUACAGAAAAAAUCCUCAUCGAAACGGCGACGUCGCUCAUGAAACUCGAAAUGGAGCACAACACGAUAAAAGAAGAAACCGAAAAGGAGAUGUCGCCACCCUCCAGGAAGCAACAGGACCGCGACGGUGCCGAUAGAAACGCGGCUACGGGCGCGGACGACGACAAGGAAUGCAGCAGCAUCUUGUCGGUGUUAUCGAACGAGGAAGUAAGCAUAACGUCCGAAAUCCUGGACCAAAAAUCGUUCAUACCUCGCAAAGACAGCGACGGCGAAGACUUGAACGGUCACAUAUGCCACAUUGACUCCCCCGAAACUGACACUUACCAGUCCACCUCGGACGUCAUCCAUGAAAGAAAAAUGAGUCUUAAAAGAGACUCGUUGGAAAGAAAGCAUUCGGAAAAAAAGCGCAGGGCUUCUAGGACGAAGGUCGAGACUGCCCUGAGCGUCGAAGAAGAUGUUACGCAAUUUGGAUUCGAGAAUAGAGCUUUCCCGAUCAUAUUGGACAACAAAUUAGAAGCUGAACAACCGCGGUAUUGCAGUCUAGCACAAUUCGUAGAAGGUAACGACAUAGCCAGGAGAUCUUUCAAGCGUCUCAACAGGUCAACGAAACCGACGAAAACCGAAACGAACGUCACGAGGCAAAGCACAUUGAUAGAGGAAUCUGAAGUGUUGAGCAUUAGCAACAAGGGCAGCCAGACAAAUCUCAAUAAAAUGCAGAAAGAAUUGUCCAAUAUAUCACUGUCGAACGACGAUAAAGACAAAGAAAGAGAAGAUACGUGUAAAUUUCCCCAAGUAAGCGUAAUAGUAGAACCCCCGUCUCCCGUCCUCACAGAGCAGAUGCGCUCCGAACGCUUGGAGCACAUCCGCGUAGAAAUCGAGGGCGAACUAGAUCAUGACUUGGAGCUGCUAUGUUCGAAGGAGCGAGACCGGCUGAGCGACAAGAGCGUCAGCAAUAAUAGCUCCAGUUCCAAUCUGUUGGGCAUCAGCCAGGAGAACUUCCUGACCAGGUCGCCGGCCGCCACCAGGCGAAUAUCCUGCUGCAGCAUGCUGAAUCCUGCCGAAGCGGCUGCCCUGGCCGCAGCGGCUGCGAGCAGUAAAUUUUACGAAUCGUCUGCCGAGAAAAAGGAUCCUGAUAAACGCGAUAAGGAUAAAGAGGAGAAUCAAAAUAGAAAGUUGCCGAUCAUCAAUCCGUUAGUCAGGCUUCCUACAUGGCCUAACGUAAAUACCGGAGGUGGUUUCAUUAGCAAAUGCCUAUUAGCAAACGCAGACACCCUCUGUGCGGCUGUCAGUCCCUUAAUAGACCCUGACGAAACCCUAUCGGAGGGAUUCUAUGAACGUUCAGUGAUGAACAAUUACUUUGGCAUCGGUAUCGACGCCAAAAUAUCGCUAGACUUUCACCACAAGCGCGAAGAACACCCAGAAAAAUGCCGAUCCAGGGCGAAGAACUACAUGUGGUACGGAGUGCUUGGAAGCAAACAAUGGCUUCAAAAAACUUACAAGAAUUUGGAGCAGAGAGUUCAGUUGGAGUGCGACGGUCAAAGGAUACCGUUACCCAGCUUGCAGGGUAUUGUGAUAUUGAACAUUCCAAGUUUUAUGGGCGGCACUAACUUUUGGGGUAGUUCCAAGGACGGAGAUCUAUUCCUAGCCCCUUCGUUUGACGACAAGAUUUUAGAAGUCGUCGCAGUUUUUGGAUCUGUACAGAUGGCGGCUUCCAGACUCAUUAAUCUUCAACAUCAUCGAAUCGCGCAAUGCCAGAGCAUUCAAAUUAAUAUUUUAGGCGAAGAAGGUGUACCGAUCCAAGUAGACGGUGAGGCGUGGAUCCAACCUCCGGGCAUUAUCCGCAUCAUUCACAAAAAUCGCAUGCAGAUGCUGUGUCGAAAUAGAUCUUUGGAGAAUUCGCUUAAAUCCUGGGAGGAGAAACAGCGUCAAAGCAUCUCAGCGCAGGGAGCAAAACCUCGUCCAUCGAUAUCUCACGAUAAGGGUAGAUCGAGCCUUACCAGACAAAGCAUGCCUUCGCACGAUAAAUCCUUCCUUGGAGUCAACAUCGAGAAGAUUCGACAGCACUCGUUCAGCGGGGUGGUGCCCACGCAUCACGUCGAGAAGGAAAAGCAUACCGUUACGUUCAUGGAGAAGCCUAUGCAGUCUACUGAGCCUGACGUGUUGUUCUCGGACGAAGAACAUCAUUUGCUGAUUAACUUCAUUGAAUGCGUUACUACGCUCACCAAAUGGAUAAAAAUUCUAGCAAUAAGUCACAAUUUAGAAGUCGAUCUUUAUUCGUUAGCCAACAAUGUGGAUGUCUGUUUAGAAAAAAUUCACCCUUGCGGGAAAUUAUUAGAAGGACCGCAGCUGCGGGAGGAGUUUACCAAACUGGUAUCCACUGUAAAACAUCUGUACGAAGAAAGUUGUUGUUUGCUACACGACAGAGGGGACAAACUUAAACUAAGAGAGGACCUGGAGAGCAAACUUAGCGCGAGUUUGGCCAAUACUGAGCUGGAGAUGAGACGAUGCGUUAUGUACGAUACGGCUUCUGGUAGCUUGGUCUACCUGCAGGCGCUUGAAGGAGAUCAGAAACACAAACGCAAAGGCCUAUUCUGGCUGAAAUUUCGCGCCAAGGGCCCUGCGUCCUCCCAGCAACAAAACUCUCAGAAACGUGAAGUCGCAUCCUGGGGCACCCAGGAGGUGGCGACGUGGUUAGAGACGCUUCAGCUUUCCGAAUAUGUAGAGAGCUUCGAAAAAAACGACAUUAGGGGUCGCGAAUUACUAACCCUCGCCAGAAGAGACCUCAAGGAUCUAGGGGUCACCAAGGUGGGCCACGUCAAACGAAUACUGCAAGCCAUUAAGGAUUUGACACAAGGUUUAUAAAUAGUAGGGUCUAUUUAAAUUAAGUUUUAGUGUUUUACCCGGAUCUCAGCGUGGCGAGGCAAUGUUUGUUAAUUAAAUGUGAUUUGUUUUUCAGCACAAAUGAAUUAGAACUGUUGCCAUAUCAACUGAUUUUUCGUUAGAAAAAAAAUAAAUAUUAAAAAAUCAAUAUACAAAAGCAAUAAUAAAAAUCAAAAUGUACAAUUUGUGUUUAUUAAUAAUUUAAGAAUGGUAUUUUGUGCAUUUAGAUAGAAAUCAGUAAAGAACUGUCAUCGGCGGCGACAAUAUCUAAAUUACUUUUUCCGAUCUCAAAUUAAAUUUUUUCCAUCUGAUUUUUCUGGAAUUAAUAAGAAAUAUUUAUUGUUUGAAAGAAAAACAAUAAUUUUUGAGAAGAUUUAAUAAUCAAGUCAAUUUUUGGAUAAAUGACAUUUCUCCGCAAGUCUAUAAUACAGACUAAAAUGUUCUGUAAAUUUUCUUUUUUUUUAGUAAAUACUUUUUAAAUGAAACACACACUCUCUCAGGCUCAGAUUUCGCACAUUUACAGUUUAAUACUUGUUUAGAAAUUUAGUUGGUACCGGAAUGGAAUAUACCUACUAUUCAUAAUAAAAUUAUUAAAAAGAAACUUGCUGCGUGACUGAAUAAGUGUAGUAAAUACUUAAAUAAACAUUUAAUAACGCACAAAAUUAGUUUAAAAAGUUGCAAAAAUUAAUUAGUCUGUAUUAGGGUAAAAUUAGAGUAAAAAAUACGACGAAGAACUAGUGCACAUAAACAUAUUUAAAAAAUCAGAAUUGAGAAAAUAGGUCAAAAUUUUGAAAAAAAAAUAGAAAUAUUGGGAAAAAAGAAAAUGUAACGUUACCUGCAAUUACUAAAUAUCUGCCUGUCGCAGUAAAAGAGAAAAAAAAACUCCUCGAAACCACUUGAUUCGGAUUCAAUGUUCUUUCGCCAAGUUUUAUAUUGUCGCGUAAUUCUAGAUAGAUUAAAUUUUUUUGAUAACUUGAUCCCUGUAAGAAAUAUUCUUUGAUUGGCUUCUUUUGACAAUAAUUCAUUUGGUUUGUAUCCAGGGGCGUGCCGAGUCAGGCACGCCACUGUUUGUAUCAAUGAGAAUUCAGCAUAAUAUAAAUAGUUUUUGUUUCAAUCAGUUAUUUCUCGUCUUUUACAUUUUUUAAGAAUUGCAGUUCACUUCGAUUUCUGAUGUUCUUAUUAUCAAAAUUUUUAUUUAUUUUCUCAAUAUUUUUAUUUUAUUUCUCAAAAUUUUGAAUUUUAUUUUCUUAAAAAUUUAGAGUUUUGGUAUUUUUUUCUUAGUGACACCAAUAUUACGUUGAAUAAUAAAUUAUCCUAUAUUUAUCAGUGCAAUUUUCUUGCAGCAAAAAAAUAAUGUAACAUUAGGUAUACACGGUUUAUAUAUAAUUUUAAAUUAAUAUUGUAAAUAAUAUCUAGCAUUCUAAAAUACUCUUAAAUUAAAUUAAAAAACAUUGUCCCGCCACGUAAUUUAUAAGUAUACCUGUAUGAAUGUACUGAUAUUGUAAGUUAUGUAAACUUGUACGACUCACUGUGAUUCUCCAAAAAAAUAGGAUUAAAUUAUAGCUCUUAAGUAGAUGUAUUAAAAAAUGUUGUAAUAAAAUACCUCUCGUGACAAAACACAAAAAAUCCAAUCUAUAUUUCUUAGAAUGUCCGAACCUAAAUUCGUUUGUUGACCAAAAAUAUAUUAAUAUAUUUUUCUGUUGUAAAAUCGACGUUUCUGUAACGCAUGGACACGUUUUAGAAAUAAUGGAAAAACUGUACCUACCAAUUUUUCCAGAAAAACAUUUUACCAAGUCUACACUUGCUAUGGAUUUCACUAAUAUUAUUAAUAAUAACGAACGAAGGCUUCCCCGUUUUGUCUAAAUAUUCUUACAUACGUAUAGCAAAAAAUAUUGUUGGGAAAAUAUAAAAUAAAACGUGUCCAUGAUUUAACAAAAAUUUAUUUAAUAACCUAUAUUCUAAAUUAUAAAAGCAAUUAUCUAUCCCUUUAGCAAUAUAAUGUAUCUAUGAUCUAAUUUUGGCAAAGGGCAUAUACGUAUAUACCUAAAAUCUAGAAUUAAAGCUAUUAAAUAUUAAGUAGAUACCGAUAAAACGUCAUUAGUGUAGAAUUUUAAAAGAAAAUCUAAUAACUCUAGAUCUAUCAUUAGUUUACGAUUUCGUUCAUAAUCAUAAUUUUUUAUCUAUCUAGUAACAUGAACAAAGUCUUAAAAGAAGAAAUAGUUGAUUUUAAAGUUUCCUCCAAUGACGUGUUAACAUGUUGGGACUGUUGACAAAUGGCAAUGAUGACAAAUUACAAUGUUGACAAGUGACAAUGUUGACAAAUUACAAUGUUGACAAAUGACAAUGUUGACAAACAACAAUGUUAACAAAUGAAUGUUGAUAAAAGACAAUUUUGACAUAUGACAAUAUUGAUAAAUGAAAAUGUUGAAAAGUGAAAGUAUUGACAAAUGGCACCUUCUGAGAUUUAAAAAACCAAAAAGGAAAAGCCGAGUUUAUACAUUUCUUUCAAUGACUGUAUAACAUGAUGGGACUGUUGACAAAUUGCAAUGAUGACAAAUUACAAUGAAGACAAGUGAAAAUGUUGACAAGUGACAAUAUUGACAAAUGACAAUGUUCACAAAUGACAGUGUUGACAAAUGACAAUGUUGAUAAAUGAGAAUAUUGAAAAGUGAGUAUUGACAAAUGUCACCUAAUGAGAUUUAACAAAGUCGCUAUAAGUAUAGCUAUCUCAAUGUCUUAAUUCUAAAGAUCUAUAGAAUAGAACUUCUUUAAAAUGUACAUUAAACAAGUAUUAAGGUCCUAGGUCCUAGCUAACUAGAUAAAAUUCAAUUUAAUUUCGUAAAUAUGUUAAAAAUCCUGAUGCACGUAACCAAUGAAAAACUGUUAAAGUGAAUUGCAAAAUUAGACUAACAAAAAUAGGUAUAAUAGUUAGUAGUAUUUUUUUAGAGAAAAUUAAACACCACGUUAGAAAAUAGUAGAUACUAAUGUGCAAUAAUCAUGUGGGCAAAUAUACCAUAUAUACCAAUAAUAUAUAUACUUUUACAAAACGAAUAUGCCCUUUUGCCAAACUCGCUAGGUUUCCCUAUUUCUAUAUUUCGCUAAAUGCAGGGUCAAAGAGGAGGACAAACUGUAACAAUGAAAUAUUCAAUGACACUGGAGAAAAUGGCACUGUAUUUUUUGCAGUUUAUUUUAGGAUUCCCAAAUACUGUGCAUCGACUUCUUAUGUUCUUAAACUGAACUAAUUCUACGUCUUUUAUGCUCGAUAUUUUUUAUUUUUCCUCAUUGCGAUAACAUGCAUCAGUGAAUUUGUUUUUGACUUUCUAAAGUGUAUUUAUGAAAAAUAUUUUUUUGUUCACAUCAACUCAAGUCUUUCUAAAUGGCUCUAUAUAUUUGACGCUGUUUUUUAUUUUCACAGAUAAGGUCGCAGGUACGCGCUUAUCAAAAUAGCGCUAUUUUUUGAGUGCCUGUUCAAAAUUGCCCUAAACAAAAUAGCACUGAACGAAAUAGCGCCUACUCAAAAUAGCGCGUAUUAAUAGAGCACUUGAACGAAAUAGCGUGUAUCGAAAGAGCGUCAGUCAAAACAGCACCCGAAAGAAACAGCGCAUUAAUAAAAUAGCGCCUUUUGAAAUAAUGCUAUUGUUUUAAGAUAAAUCGAUUUAAAAAGCUUAACUAAUUAACCUAACCUGUACGGCCUAGUUAAGUUUUGUAAUUAUCAAUUUAUUUAUAUUUUUUUGCGAAUCAACCCGCGAUGACUCAAGGCCGCAGAGGUUAGGUAAAUUAGUUUAGUUUUUUUAAUCAUUUUUCGGCCCUAUUGUGACGAUGCUCUAGAUCUUGAAUUUUUUAUUAUCCCAAAUCAAAAAAAUCUAGACAUUAGGGUACUUUAUCGGAAAAUUUAAAUGUUCUUUAUAAAUAUGCAUAGUAACAUCAUAAAUAAAUUCAUUUUUUUCACCGUCUUGUAGAUUUCUUCACAUCUCUCAUACAUCGAUUAAAAUAAUUGCAAUCGAAUAUACAGAAUCCUAAUGUAAACUGAAACUUAAAAAAAACGCUUUAUAUUUUUACCUUGCAUCUCCGCAGAAACUCUUGCAUAGUUCCGUCAUAAGACUUCCUAAACUUAAACCUAUCAAACAUUCUCUAAUUGUUACCUACAUGCCUUGUAUUUGCUUAAUAUUCAUUUGAGAGGACAAGUUUUAACUUGAAACAAAAUAUACAGACCGAUUUAACAUUUUAUCAAUACUAAACAAAGGUAAAUGGAGUAUAAAAUUUUGCACGACCCUAUAUAAUUCCAUAUUCCAUCCGCACUUUAUUAAAUCAGCUUAAUUUAAAGUUACUAAUAUUACAGGAAUUUUACGAACAUAUCUUCAUUUUCAUUGGUGAAAAAGUGUGGUUAUAUUGAUAACGUGUUCUCUGUAAAAUUGGUCUGUAUAUUCGUAAAUGUAAAAUUCAUGGAAAUACUUGUUGCAAUAAUAAAUGUAUCUUAGAAAAUUAGUUUUUAAAAAGUUUUUCCAUCAAUGGUUGUUUUAAGAAAAAAUGUUCUCGCGUUUGCUUUGUACCAGCGCAGACAAUCUAAAUAUUAUUAAAACGAAAAUACCUAUUAUAUUAUUAUGGAUGUAGUGACCCUGUAUUAGUGUUGUAAAAAUAUAUAAUUUCAAGACGCAUAUCUGAAUCCAUCGAAAAGUAACUUUUGAAGAAGCCUUUUUCCGCGUCUUAAAAUGUUUAUUCCGAAAUCGUAUAUGCAGUUGGAAACUAUCAGCAUACUUGAGUAAUUAUUCAAUUAUAGCAAAAUGGACAGUUCUCGUUUAAUUUGUUUACCUAUGUCGUUCAGUUUCCUUUGAAAUCGAGGGUGGCUAUGAAAGUCAAACAUCGCUAUUAGGCAUUCCAAUGACCUAUCAAAAUGCUGCCCGUGGGUAAUGACAGUUUAUGAUGUGGCAACCAUGUGGCAACCAUGUGGGUCUGUUGUCUUUGACAUUGUCAAUGAUACAUAUAUAAUUAUAUAGAUUGUUCAAAACGGG